AUCACCCUCAUCAGCCUGGCGGGCUUGCUCAUGCUCUUCACCGUGUUCGGAAACGUCCUCGUCAUCAUCGCCGUCUUCACCAGCCGGGCGCUCAAGGCCCCCCAGAACCUCUUUUUGGUCUCCUUAGCCUCGGCCGACAUCCUAGUAGCCACCCUGGUCAUCCCCUUCUCCCUGGCAAACGAGAUGAUGGGAUACUGGUACUUUGGCAAAGUGUGGUGUGAGAUCUACCUGGCCUUGGAUGUGCUGUUCUGCACCUCCUCCAUCGUGCACUUGUGUGCCAUCAGCCUGGACCGUUACUGGUCCAUCACGCAAGCCAUCGAGUACAACCUUAAGCGCACCCCGCGCCGCAUCAAGUGCAUCAUCUUCAUCGUCUGGGUCAUCUCGGCCGUCAUCUCCUUCCCGCCACUCAUCUCCAUUGAGAAGAAGAGCGGGCAGCAGGCUGACCAGGGGGUGGCAGGGUGCAAGAUCAAUGAUGAGAAGUGGUACAUCAUCUCUUCUAGCAUUGGCUCCUUCUUUGCCCCCUGCCUCAUCAUGAUCCUGGUCUAUAUGCGCAUCUACCAGAUAGCCAAGAGACGAACCAGGGUACCACUGAACAAGCGGGCAGAGCGCCCCGAGAAGAAGCAGAACGGCUUUGAGGACCUGCCAGCCACGGCUCAGCUCAAUGGGGAGAAGGCGGCAGGAGGUGGCAGCAGGCAGGAGGGAGAGGUCAACGGCAUAGACAUGGAGGAGACCUCUUCCUCUGAGCACCAGGAGAACAACCAGUGUAAGAAGUCGGAGAGACCAUCGAGAGGAAAGACCAAGACUAAGCUGAGCCAGAUUAAGCCUGGGGACAGUUUGCCCAGGAAGGCAGAGGAGGAGAGGAACACCAAAGGGUCCCGGUGGAGAGGCAGGCAGAACAGGGAGAAGCGGUUCACCUUUGUGCUGGCAGUGGUGAUUGGGGUCUUUGUCAUCUGCUGGUUCCCCUUCUUCUUCACCUACACACUGACGGCUGUCUGCAAGAGCUGCUCCGUGCCUGAAACUCUCUUCAAGUUCUUCUUCUGGUUCGGUUACUGCAAUAGCUCCUUGAACCCCGUCAUCUAUACCAUUUUCAACCACGACUUCAGACGGGCCUUCAAAAGGAUCCUCUGCAGGAUAGAGAGGAAAAGGAUUGUUUGA